UUGAAUUUUUGAUCAGAAUCGGAUAUAAUUGAGAAAUAUAUUUCUUACUGACUAAAUUAUUAGAAAGCAAAGUAUUGAAACUUUUGCUGUCCCACAACAACAUUUUUAAGUUUUUCGAUAGCUAUUUGGCAUAGAAUCUGGCAUUUUUUUGUUAAUGUACAGGGUGUUCAAAAUUCGAUUAUUUUACCAGCCUUUGUCGACAGAAAUCCUUGACGGAAAGUUACAUCUCCCUCACAAACAAACAUCAUUGCAUUGAUUUCAUAGGACGCAAAGGACGAAUUCGUUAAAUCCUCUCCUUACUUAUGCAAAUUGGCACUUGCAAAAUGUGAAUUCUAUUAUUUAAUGAUAUAAGUAGUAACCGCAAAUCAAAUCAUCACUUAGUUUCGUCCCUUGAUGCGUUUCAACCAAACGAGAAUGCGAAAAUAUCUUCUACUAUCUUUACUAAUCCUCGAAACGAUUUGCUGCGAGUACAACCCAUCCAACGACGACACUAAAUGCAUCUCGCGCGAAUUCCAAAAAGGCCAAACCAUCUCGUUGAAAAAAUGGGGCAACAAAUUGGACUUGUCGUUGAUUCGAGGCCCAAUUUUCGCAGACAGUUUUCCGCUGCUACUCGGAAUCAAAGAAAUGACAUUACGCUCGAGCAACAUCUCCGAUAUCGAGUCCGGAUUUUUCCACCAAUUUCCCAACUUGGAAAGCUUGACGAUUAAAAUCAAUCACGGUUUUCCCAACAUCACGACACGAAUUUUCAAAGGCUGUUGCCCCAAAUUGACUUCGUUCAAAGUCCUCGACAACAAUCUACGCUAUUUCGACAACCAAGUCUUCAAAACUAUGCCCAAACUCGAGUUCCUUUGGAUCGAAAAACAGAAUUUGGGCCCUCUCGAGGCCAAUUAUUUCAGCGGUUUGAGCAGUUUGAAAAAGUUGAGGUUGCAGUACUGCGAGAUUAAACGCAUCGAACAGAAUGCAUUUGACGAUUUGACGAAUUUGGUCAAAUUAGAAUUGCCGACGAAUCAAGUUGAGAAAAUUCAACCUGGGACUUUUAAAAAUUUGAAAAAGUUGGAGGAAUUGCAUUUGUCAGGGAAUAGUAUCAGGAAUUUUACCGGUGGGGAGUUCAAUGGUUUGGAUAAUUUAAAACGACUGGAAUUGAUUGGGAAUAAGAUAAAUUCCUUGAAUGUCGAGAAAAUUUUGGAAAAUUUACCGAAAUUGGAACGGAUUGGGAUUAAAUUGACCUUGUUUGAGUGCGACAGGGCCAAAUCGUUGGUCGAGAGGAUUAAAGAGAAUAACAUCGAGAUUAAAAAUGUUGACGAAGUCUUGAAGGAUUCGUGUUCGAAGGACUCCAAGGAACAGGAUUGAGUCAGUUGUAAUUUAAGUAGAUGUAAUUAAUAAAUAACAUUAUUGAUAA